AUGGGAUUUUUGAGUGGUGUGCUUGAUGCGGUGAAAGAUGAUGAUGCGGUUAGAACGUACGAUAAAGAUAUCAGUGGAGAUAAAAUUGAUACAGUUAUUAACACCUUAAAUAAAAAAAUUGGCUCCGGGCGUCAUGGGCUUGCGGCGUCUGUCGCCGCGGUGAAGGGGUGGUUGGAGGGGUAUGAAUUAGAAUACCGCAAAAAAGCAAGCAACGUCACAGAGGUUCUAGGUGAGUUGAAAACCAAAAUUGCAGGUAAAUACACUCAUGAUGUUGCAGGUGCUGCGGGUGAGAAGCUGGAGACCCAGUUGACCAGGUGGACAGAGACACUUGAGUCCAUCGAGCUGGACGUUAAUAACACUGAAAACCAAUAUGUUAAUAUGCUAGAUAGUACAUUAAAACGUGAUGCGAUGCGUGAAGUUAAGCCGAUUAACACAUCGGUUAAUAUGUUGCUUGAUGCUGCUCAGAAUCCUGAGGUGACUGAACAGGUGAAGGUCGUCGACUGGAUGCUGGAUGAGCAAGAAAAACGCGUAAAGAAUGAGAUUCGGAAACAUUCGAAGCAGUUGAGAGAAACCUCUGAUGGUGAGUUCCGCAAAGUAUUAGGGAAAAUAUUUGAAUUGAAAAAUAAUAAGCAUGAGCAAUUUGGACAUGUCCGAAAUGUAGUGGGGAUGGCAAAGGAGGAGGCGCAGGGCUUGUUGGCAAGAUUCGACGGAGAAUAUCGGAAGCAGAUUAUUCGUCAUUUUGACGCAAUCAAAGGAGCGCUCGCUGACGUUAAUAUGAAAGAAAAUCCAACUGGUAAAAUGAAUACAUCUAAACUCAAAGAGGAUGCUGAAAAAAUAAAAACUUCGUUGGAAACCAUAUCCCUCAGGUUGGGAGGCCAUGUUGGUGAGUUGGAAAAUUGGAUGUACAAGACUAAAAACCACAUAAAUGAGUUCAAAGAACAGGAAGUUGAAAAAAUCAUUGAGCUAAACAAAGGGGGAUUUGGGAGUUGGAAAGAAAAUAUAACGCAGGCCGCAAAAGAGGUUUAUACGGAGACGAAUAGGUUCGAUGAACAAUUUCAGUUAUUAAAGGCGAAAUUGGAAGAAGAGGUUGAACAUGUUAAUGGAAGAGGCGGCGCGUUGUCACAGCUUACCGCGCUUGAGAAUCAUAUGAACGGAGAGGUGCCUAGGGAGUUGGCCGGUUUUAAAACAAAUGGGUGGACGUUGACUGAGCAGAUCACUGAGCUUACGAGUAGAAUAACAACAAACGUAAAAGAAUACGUUAAAACACAUUUAGGAAAACAGAUAAAGGGUGAAGUAGAAAAAAAAACAAAUAAAAUCAUAAAGCAAGAUGCGAGACAGGGCGGAGAUAAUGGCUUUCUUGGUGAUAUCGAAACAAAGAUUUACGCGUAUGCGAAGACCUUCCAACUGCAACAGUUUGGCAAUAAGGUCGAGGAGUGGAUUAUAAACAUAUUACAGAAAGAUCCGGUUAAAGAAUGGCUUGCAGCGUAUAUAUCGUCCAACGCGAAUGGAAGGCUCGGAAACAAACAAACACAUGAGUUGCAUACUCCGAUUCUGAAUGCAAUAAAAAUAGCUGUGGAGGCAGCUAUUAGAACAGCCGGUGAAAUGAUCGAAGUUCAAGGCAAAGAUCAAAUUAGAGACAACAUAGAAACUGUUAAAAAAGCCUGCAACCAUUUUGCUACCCAACUUGAAGCGCAUUUUACGAGUGCCAAAAUUAAUGGUUUUGUGAAGGAUUUAGUUGACAAAGUGGAGAAAACGUUGACGGGUGCACACUCGAAUACAGUUUACAGCGCACAUCUCGUAAUCGCCUUGCAAGCUACCCUUGCUUCACUUGCCGCUAAAGCUAGGCAGGUUGCUUCUGAACUGGAUUCGUUGGUAAUCAGUAGUCAGCACAACAUUGCACUGAAUUUGCAAAGUGCGAUACGAGACGUUAAAGCACUCGGUAACAGUAUUGAGAUGGAGAUUGGAAAGACUGAUAGUGUCCCCCACGGCUCUGCCGAGAAUCUUGGUCACCAAAUUCAAACUCAACUUGGCAAUCAAGCGACAAAUAGGGACUUUGACAACCAGCUCUGUGAGCUUUUGCAAGCUGCAAUAAAAAAUGGUGUCAAGAAGUUGCAGGAAGCACUUAACGGUUCUGCUAUCAGCAAACUCAAAAGUGUUGAUAAAAGCGUUGAAGGCGUUGUUGAAUCAGCCAAACAGGCCAAAGAAGGGGUUGCAGGUCGAGUGAAAGAAAUUGAAACGAACCUCACCGAACUGAUGAGCUGGAUUACCGAAACCGGAAAUAUCGUUAAAAAUGAAUUACAAAAGCUGAUUAACUAUAAAAUAUAUGGCUCGCUAACUGAAGUCAAAAACAAAAUUGGAACACUGCGUACUACUGAUUUGUACAACGUGAUAGAUACCGACAUUAAAGCCGUCAAUGCGAUAAUCGCCUCACUGGAAUCGCUUCCCGGAGUUGUUGACACGAUGAAAGGGGAGACGGAAGCGAAAAUGGAAACUUUGCAAGAAAACGUAGAUGUACUUCAAAAGCUAUUGGUAAACAUCGAAGUUAAUGUCAAACUUGCCGACGAACAGAUCGAGAAGUCUAUUGAUGUCGUUCAACAAUGUCUUCAAGAUUCCUGUGAGAACGUCACAACAGCUAUCGAAUUACUUGAAAACAACCUUAUUGCCGUCGUUGCAGAUGCAUUUCAACGAGUGACGCAGGAAGUCCGGGCAAUGUUCGCCAAAGAAAGAACCGCCCACCUCUCCGCCCUCAAGACCCUCCUCUCCACCCAGCUCAAGAUCAUCACCUGCACCGUCAACAAAAACCUCAACACCGGCCUGAAAGGCUUCCUCAAGACGCUGAGCGGGGAUUCUGUCGACGAUUACGCGGCUGGUUAUAAGGAGCGUCCGAAGCAUCUCCCUCCUAAAACUCAGAAGCCCAAUCUGCUCGACCCAGUGAAGACCGCUCUUGGCGGAGGUGGACAUGGAGAGAAAGUGAAAUCGCUGUCCGAUAGAUCACAAGCCUAUUUCCUUCACCUUUUCACCUACUUGCGUAAAGAUAUGGAGAAACAUUUUACUUCUCAGCCUCAGGUCCACGGUGACUAUCAUAGUCGUAUCAACACCAUCCGCUCGAACCUCACCACCCUCCUCGACCACAUCAGCACUCACAAACACUUCGACCACCAGGUGCCCCAAAUGCUCGACACACUCAAGAAGUCCCUUACCACCUUCACGUCCUCGCACUUCGGCAACGCAUCCUACCCCGUGCUCGACGCCUUUCCCCGAAGCCUGGAGCAGUUCGUCGACGAGCUGGAGAGGAUGUACGUGAAUAGGUAUGAUGGGCAUAAGCAGAAGGUUAAUAUGGGUAAAUUGGUUAUUAGUGAUGGUGAUAAAGGUGAAAAAUUAACGGAUGACGGCAGAAACUUGUCGAAGGUAUUUUUGACGAGUUUGGUGACUUUGAAAGCCGGGUUAGACGAGUUAAAGCAGAAUGCUCCAAACGCCUGGAGAGGAAGACAAAUUUAUUUGCAAGACAGUAACGAAGAUGAAAACUCAUUUGGUCAAUUUUUGAACAAGUGCGGUUACAAAGUUUCCAAGUCGCAUGAUUCCCAUGAAGGUCACCUGAGGAAUAAGGAGCAGUGCAAAGGUCAAUAUAUCCACGACGGUCUUCUUGUAGGCGAUAAGCAGCAUAUUUAUCACUCAGAUAAAAACGGUAAACGUGCACUCGAGAUACUUUUCGACUAUUUGGAGACAUACAACGACUUAUGCCAUCUCUCAACAUUAACCUCCAAGAGACAGCCAUGCUCCGUGUACGAGAUGCUCGCUUGGCUCUCGGGACUAACGCACAAUCCGGUACACCAAAGUAAGCUAAGCGUAGCCAUCAUGAACGUUUUGGAAGAGCUAUACAAAAGAGGUAGAGAAGAUGAGGGAGAACAUGGCGACGUAUUAGCAGUAGAACGACAAGCAGACGGAGGGGAGUUCAAAGUGUCAUUGGUUGAUGCACGCUCCGUAUCCCUGGAAGCCUACCCACGUGACGUAUCAUAUGAUGAACUGUGGGCAGCCGUGACGCAUAUAUGUUCGACUUCAUAUGACGUCCUUUGCGCAAUUGCCGGUCACGGCGACGAAUUCACGACAUACGCUGUGGACUAUUCCAACAAUCACAUGAAAUUCAAUUACCCCCAAAACGGGGAAGAUUGUCUCGAUAUGCUCCUUGACAUCCUUCGUCGAAUGUUGCCAACAUUACAAUAUUUGUAUAGUCAGUGCAGGCUCAGCAAUGGGCUCAACGGUUGGCAAGCGUGCAAGUACGGCAAGGAUAUCAUGACAGCCAAAUGGCCAUGCAAAGUUCAUCCAUCCGACGAACCAGAUAAUAAAUCAAACUGCCAAGCAAAGUGUAAACCAACGUGCCAAGCAAAGUGCGAAGUAACGUGCCAAGUAGAUUGCCAACCAACAUCGCCAUUGAUGAGUUACCUGAACGACUGCUUGCCGGGUCAUUUACCUCAUCAACUUACUAAAAUUGGAUGUAAGUACGAGUGUUCCAAUUGCUCAACUUCUAAAAAGGGUAAGCCUUGCCUGACGCCUCUUGGAUUCAAAGGUUUCUCCGGAUCCACACGUAUGGGUAAGGACAUAUGUGAAGUGCUGACCAAAUUCAUCAACAUCAAGCAUCUUACGGGUCUAUUCACGCUGAUUCCCAAGCCGCCUUCCACGUUGCCAGAGCACUUCGGUUUUACCUUGGCGCUGGCGAUUGGUAUUAAUGCAACAUCUAGAACUAAUAAUUACGAUCCUCAUGCGUUUAGAGGCGUGUUUGCCGCAUCCAUCUACGAGCAAACUAUUAACCUCUGUACCGACCAAUCCACAUUGACCAAUGCGUUAACCGACGCAUAUGGGUCGCCGUCUCCAACACAUGGCGUAUGCGAACAUGCCCACGUUAGAAAUCUCACGGCGUCCGAUAGCUGCAAAGGGAAGACCAAUUUGGAACUCGAAUGCGCUCCGUACCUUGCCAAUUUAUCUGUCGACUGUUAUCGAUACCUCGGUAAAAAGCAUUCCAACCUCUACUUGUCAUGGGCUGUCUACCUCCCUUGGAGCUUUUGGACGAAUCUUAAAAAUCUAUAUGACGCGUUUUGCAACAUUUACUGUCAAGACUGGGGCUGUCGUGGUUGCUUAAGAGGCGACAAGUGCAAACGUGGAGAACAUGGAUCAAUAAGUGACGCUUCCAAACAACCUAAUUGCCAAUGCCACUCCAUUGUUGACUGCAGAGGCGUCGCUCCAACUUUGUACAGUUAUGGCUUUUCCUUCGGUGACCCAUCGAAAUUGCAGAACGAGCAUUAUCCAAACACAUGUGCCGACUUCCGCAAGCAAUUGAAAAAUGUAUUGAAGUCGGAAUACUUCACAAAAUUAUUUGAAGAGUGUGACAAAUUCUUAUUCACCAUCAGAGAGCCCUUCAUCUGGCUCAACGUCGCCCUCUGGCUCCUCUCCUUCCUCUACCUCCUCCACAUCAUGGUCAUCCGCCUCGACCUGCUCCACAUCAAAUCGCAUUUGCACUCACCAUCAUCACAUCGCAUCGCCACGCAAUCACUACUCGCCGCUGCACGUGUUAAAGCACUCAACAAAGUGCUGUACCUGCAACCUUGA